AUGAUGAGGGUUCUCUCACUCGAGCAAAGCACAUAUGUAUAUGACGACAAACGAAAAAUAAGAGCAGCCGAUAAAGGGAAGAAAAGAUUUACCUCAGCGAAAGAGGCAGAAGCUGCAAAAAACGCUCCUGGCACAGACAAGCUGGAAACGAUGGAUGACUCGGCCCAGGAUUCUGCGAAGAAAGCCACCAUCAAUUUGAAGACGAUGAAACGAGCGGAUGGGACCUACCCUCCUUGGAUGAGUGGAUCCAUGAAGAAUAAGCUCAGCAAGAAGAACAAAGCCAUGAAAAAGAAGAAGCUUCAAAAGGCAAAGAGUAGACGGUGA